CCGCCAUCUGCGCUGCAUUCGAUUACCUGGCGAAACAAAAAGAACCGGAAGAAGAAAAAGAUAUGCGGUGAUCUAACCAUCCACCAACUACCUUCUGUCCGCAAUGGACGCCUACCCCGAAGAUUACGUCGUCAACAAUCUCCCGUUUAUCUUGCUGUCGGGAUUGGAAGCAACCGCCGAGGAUGACCUGGAACCAAAGCAGACUGACGAUCCUCUUCUCCGUGAGAACGGGGUGAGAAUAUUCUCCGAUUUCCCACCCUUGAACGGCCCGACCGCAAAGGAAUUGCGCGACGUACUCGUGGAGGAAGAUGCAUCGACGGCUCCGUGGGAACCGCGAGGGGAGCUCAACACCGAACCCCCCCGGGUAAACUAUAAAAUCAAAAGCGUUGGUCGGUCCUACAGUCUUCCUCCGCGCAAAGCUGCCCCCCCACCCGCGUCUCCUCCGACAAGCCCACCCGCCAGGCAAGGCAGUGACAUAUCGCAUGCGUCGUCGUCGUUGAUUCUUCACUCCCCAAUCUCGCCCUUGACUCCCGCCUCCCCGACGUUCCCAGAUGGCCUGCUCACCCCGCUAUGGGUCACGAAACAUCAGGACCGGGUUCCGGCCGCCGUGAUCAACUUCUUCCCCUUCUGUCUAGAUCACAACAUGAGCUCUCUGCGCGACAACCAGCUGAAGAUCGAAAUCAACGGCCUGAAGAAAGAAUGGUCAUACUCCGGCUACAAGACCCGUUUCAUAGUGGUCUUGCUGUCGGAAGAACCGCACAGUGGCUAUAUUGGGGACGCGGAUGAUCGGGUGGCGAGCAUUCGCAGGGCGACCAACCUGGAUCCGAAAUCCAUCUUCCUUCUCCCCUCGGAUGCAACUUCCUUGGAGCUGAAAGAAUUUGCUCGAUCUCUGCUGUCAUUGCUCCAGCCGUCGAUUAUGGAAUACUAUCGAGACCUGUCCAAGCAUGCCAGGCGAAAGCGCAACCGGAGCACCAUACCUCCCCCAACGGCGCCGCCAACAAGUGGCACUUCUCAGACCCUCUCACUGCAAGGAUGGAAUGUCCGAUAUGAGUUCAAGAUGGGGAUCUUUGCCGAGUUUCGGCAUGAGAUGGAUGCCGCGCUCAGGAACUACGAAAGCGCCUACGAGACUUUGUUUGGCCAGGAGGUAUUUGAGAACAUUGCCGGAUGGAACCCGAGGUUUAAUCAUGCGCGUCUUUUGGCAGAUGCCAUCGCCAUACGUAUCAUUCGCUGUCUGCUUUGGUCUGGACAGACCACUGCCGCGGUGCGGUCAUGGGUCAGCCAUCGAGAUCACUCUCAGGACAUCAUCAACAGACGCGGCAAAGGAACGAGAAACUAUGGAUGGGAAGCUUGGGAGGCUAGGUGGUCCAUGGUAAUGGCCCAACUUAUUCGCCAAGCUAGCAUCCCCUAUUUCACCUCCGUCGGGAUCACCCAGGACCAGUUCAACGAGCAAUUUUCGAUUUUCGUGCCUCGCGAGAAGAAUGGCCCCCAUGCCGAUACAAUUACCCCUUGGGAGCAUCUUCACCAUGAAGGAUACUGGCUAUAUCGAUCGGCGAAACAUUCCAUGUAUCGUCGAACUCUAGCGGAGCAGAUCCCUGACGAAGACCGGAUGCCGCCAGGACAAUCUCCCGCUUCACAAAUCGCGAGCAAAUCCUAUCUCUACGAUACAUAUCUGGCCCCGGAAACCCAUCUGGAGGCGCCUCAGGCAGGCUCGACGGGCUUCGACCAUUCAUCUCUAAUAAUAAGUACCCUAAAAGCUGCGCUGGAGGAGUUUGCAAAACGAAACCAAAUCAGGAAAACGGAAAGCAUUACCUUGGAGAUAGCUGAAGAAUACAUGCGCACAGGCUCUUGGUCUGAGGCUUAUGGUAUACUCCAGCCGCUUUGGCCAACCCUUACCUGGCGACGAUCGGGUUGGUGGCAGCUCAUGGCCAAAUUUGGCUGGGCGCUGCGAGAGUGCGCUUUACAGGUGCAUGAUGGUGAAAUGGUGCUACGUGUAGACUGGGAGUUAAUUCAUGGAGUCUUUCAACCAAGACCCGACUGGCAGUAUGACCUCCACCGCAGCCUUGAGGACCUUCCACUGGUGAAACCUAAGCCCUCCAUUGUUCUUAAAGCCGAGGAUAUUCUAUCUAGUGUCACGGCCUCCUUCGUGUUCGCAAACUCCGAAGGGAAUGUUGGCGAGCCUUUGCGGUGUCAGAUUGCGAUUACAUCAUGCGCCCAAAAGUCUUCGAAACCCAUUCGAUUUUCCGAGGUUAAAGUUGUUUUCGAGGGCUGUCUUCGCCCCAUAAAACUAGAGUCUGACCACAGCACGGAUGCCAAUACGGCGGCUACGUGCACCGUAUCUUCACUCUCAUUGCGUGAACCGAACAUCUCCAGCGAUUCAUCAUCUCUGCAAUCGCCUAAUAGUUGCUUGACAGCCCUCGUCGGUGCCGCCGAUCUGACCCUCGGGCCCUCCCAGACUAAGGUGUUUGAUUUGACCUGCAUUCCCCGAGAAGCUGGAGACUGUCGGGUUGCAUCCGUGGCCCUUCUGGUCGAGGAGGAAAAGUUUGAUUUGGCGUGUGUGGCUACAGACAUGGCCCAGCAGGAGUCUUUCUGGUGGCGACAUGGCACGAAAGGUCCAAGCCGAAGGAGGGUUGGCAAAGAUCGGGAUAUAACCCGAUGUAAGAUUAUGCCCAAGCCGCCCAAGAUUCGGAUAGCAACCCCGAAUCUCCGAGAUACCUACUACACCAACGAAAGGAUUGUUCUGAGAAUCGGCAUACACAACGAAGAAGAUGAGGCCGCAGAUGUUUCCACCGAGAUCCGACUUUUCGGUCAACCAGAGUCCACUGCUAAAAUUCUAUGGCUCGACGAGGAAAACUCGCCCGAUUCCCAGGACUCCGAGCGAAGCUCUCCGAUCGAGGGUGUUGCUCAUUUUGCGAAGCGGCCGAUUGGUGUGAUGGCGAGCCUCUCACAACGGGAGCUGGCCGUAAUACUCACAGAUACCCACGAUGCUUCAGAAUAUGAGCUUGAGAUAUCCUCCGUAUAUCACCUGGUAUCGGACAUUCAAACACCUAUAAUCGCAACCCUAAGGGUUGGUCUGUCGGUCAUUCGACCAUUCGAAGCCAACUAUGAUUUCCUUCCUCGUCUGCACUCUCAACCAUGGCCGGAUUUCUUUUCGAUUCAGGAGAAUUUACUUGCUGAUGAAAGUGUGAGCAAGGCCGGGGGCCUGCAGCAACGAUGGAACCUAAAUUCCAAGCUGGUUUCCUUUGCACUGGAGCCACUCGUUAUCGAAAAUGUGUCCUUAGUGCUGCUCGGGAUCGCAGGGGGAGCCACUUCUGACAUAGGAACCGAGUGGGUUGUCAGUCCCGAAACACCAGAACUCCACCCCGAAGAGCUCCGCGAAUCCAACUUCGUGUUGGAUAUACAGAAGGCGCUUCUGGGCGAUCGACGGCCCACGGCGCUGAAUCUGGCACUGGAGAUCAAGUGGCGCCGAGCCGAUGAAAGUGAAUCGCCUCCAGAUAGUGCCACCACCACGAGGCUUGCAAUCCCUCGCUUUGUUGCCCCAGCUGGCGAACCUCGUGUGCUUGCGUCAGCGAUGUCCUCCAAGACCCUCUCUGGCCUCAUUCACCUGGACUACACUCUGGAAAACCCAUCGAUGCACUUCCUCACGUUCAACCUGACGAUGGAAGCCAGCGAGCACUUUGCUUUUAGCGGCCCGAAGACAAUGGUUGUGCAAUUGGUGCCGUUGAGCCGGCACACUGUCCGAUACAACUUGCUGGCGUCUAAGAGGGGACUGUGGAUCCAACCUCAACUUCUGGUGGUCGACACAUACUUCAACAAAACCCUGCGCGUACUCCCCACGGAGGAGAUGAGAGCUGACAAGAAAGGAAUCCUGGUCUGGGUCGAUGCAGACGACUAGAGCGUCCGGUCCAUGGUACUAAACAUUGUGCGUCCCUGAGGAUUUGUGUGGCAUUUCCCUGUUAUUUCGAGAGAGGCGCAAUAGAGCCCUGCAUAGAAUAGCGACUCAUCGACGUGAUGAGAAUAUGAUACAUGAAUCCC